AUGGGGUGUGGUGCUUCCUUCUCCAAUGCCGACGGCACGGUGCGACGCAGCUUGGCCUCCGAUGGCGGCCCUCCACCUUGGUUGGAGGAUGCACGGGAAGGGCAAGGCAACAUGAAUGGGAGGGCGCACGGCCGAUGGAGAAGCGGCAAAGGGCUGGUGGUGCGAGAUUUGGAAUGGAGGAGAUCUGGAGGGGACCUCACGAUGGGGAAAGCAAUAUAUUUUGAGGUUGCUGAGACUAACAAUGGGGACUCAAAGGAGGGUCCCGAGGAUGACGAUGAUGAGGAGCCCGAUGAGGAGGACAUAGAGCUGGAGGAGGAAGACAAUGGUGGUAAUGAGGACAUCAAAGACGAUGAGGACAGUGACAGGGAGGAGAAUCCUAAGGCUGAGUAUGAAGGCUGUAGCAGCGACGAUGAGAGCUUCCUUAGCUGCAUAGUGUAUUCGGACAUGUCUACCAAUGACGACAUUGAGGACAGUGUCGAUUGGGAUGCUCUUGAGAAGGAGGCUAACGAGGACCUCGGCUACAACAAUGGUGACAAGAUGGAUAAGAAGAAGGAGGCCCUAGGCAUCGUUGAAAUGGACAACGACGAGGCCAUCAUACAUGCACUUCAUGAGGACCUUGUGGACGCGGAUGACGCUACCGAUGAUGCUGCCAAUGACCAAACUAUCGUGCAUGCCCUGCAUGAGGAGGAAGAGGACGAAGAGGACAUGGAGGAGCCGGCUGAGGAGGAAGACAAGGACAAGAUGGGGACAAUGACAAUGAAGAUCGGGACAAGGGUGCUGGUGCCAGCUCUGACUCCAACGACUUUGGUGGAUGAAGAUCAGGACAAGGGUGCUGAUGACGAUGAAAGUGGUGGUGUUGGCAUCAUCACCAUUAGUCACUCUAUCACCCUUGGCGGGAUGAAGAGGGAUAGGCUAGUGUAG